AUGAUUGCCUCAAUGGGUGGGAAUGGGGGAAAUAUUGGAGGGCCAAAAACUCCAAUAUGCCAAGGCCAAUCUCCACCUUCUUUGCUUGAAAGACAGCAACAACAACAGCAACAAUUACAACAGCAACAAUAUCAAAUAAUGGAAACACAGAAUCAACCUAUGGAGGAUGAUGGAAAUUGUCAGGAUGGGAAUGGAGCUGCUGGAAGAAUGAAAACUUGUAGAGUUUGUGGGGAUUCUGCUACUGGAUAUAAUUUUAAUGUUAUUAGUUGUGAAUCUUGUAAAGCAUUUUUCCGGCGAAAUGCUUUGCGUCCAAAAGAGUUUAAAUGCCCAUAUUCUAAUGAUUGUGAAAUUAAUGCUGUUAGUAGAAGAUUUUGUCAAAAAUGUCGUCUUCGCAAAUGUUUUAUGGUUGGAAUGAAAAAAGAAUGGAUUUUAAGUGAAGAUCAGUUAAGAAGACGGAAAAAUGCUCGUGUUAAAAAUCAAAUGGGUAAAGACGGAAAUCAACAACCAAAUACCCCUUCAAGUGUUGGGGAAGGUUCUAUGCCUGGUUCUGUUGCUCCAGUCACUCCAUACGUUGGGAAUGGAAAUGGAGGGCUAAAUCCCUUCUCUCCUCCACAACAACAAUUUUUCCAUCAUACUCAACAACAACAACAACAAACACCCCCACCUCCACAAUCUUCAAUUAAUGCUGUUGCUGCAAUGGCAGCAGCUAGUAUACUUCACAAUCAAACUCAAGGCCAAUCACAUUCUCCCCUGAAUUCUCCCUUGCUUGCAGCCGCUGCGGCUAUUACAAAACUGGCGGGAUCACCAAAAAAUUCUCCUACGGGUGCUUCUUCUGUUCUGUCGAGUGGAUUGGAUUCAAGUCCUUUGGCAACAUUUGGUUUGGGCAACAGUCCCGAUUAUGGUGGAAAACAAAAUUUGUUUGCUUGUGGAGGAGUAUCUCUGGAUAAUAAAGCUUCUCCAAGUACUGGAACUCAUUCACCUCCUUCCAUUUUGCCUCAACUUCAAAAUCCUCAUCCUAUAGAUGUCGAACAAAGAUAUGAUCCACAAGUUUUGCGUUUAGCCCAACAACAAUUAUUGAAAAAAGCGCAGCUUCAACAAGCUGCUGCCGUUUUAAGAAAAUCUAGUGAUGGUUUAAUUUCUCUGGCAUCUGCUGCUGCAGCUCAACAACAGCAACAGCUACAACAACAACAAAAUCAACAAUCUCCUGUUGCUGCAGUCUCUCCAUUUGUUGAACAAUGUCAAAGAUUAAUGUUGUUAGGUCAACAACAGCAAGGAAUUGUUAGUCCACAAAUAGUUAAAAAUGGAGAUAUUGGAAAUGGACAUUCUGCUUCAAUAUUGGCUAGACUUUAUGGAAACAAUAAUGUUACAAACACAAAUAUAUCUUCUAAUUUAUCUGGAUUUAAUUCCAAUACAAAUUCCUCAGCAAUUCCAAAAAAUUUGGUGGAAGCUGCAGCUGCCGCUGUAGCUGCUGCUAAAAAUGCUUCUAAUAAUGUUAACAAUAAUCAAGUGUCAAAUAAUGGAUCAUCCUUAACUUCUACAAAUAAUGGAACAAACAACAAUGAAGUUAAAACUUUAAUGGAAAUGGAUGCAAACACACGUGAACGUUUAAUGAGUAUGAGGAUUAAUAAAACAAUUAGAGACGAAUUGGGUAUUUCGAAUUCGCCUCCAGACGGAAAUAAUUUACAACAAUCAUUAUCUCCAAAUCCAAUUAAAAUUGAAGAUAGAAGUUCUCCCCUUAGCCGUUCUAAUUCUAUAAGUGGAAAUUCUUCUUUAGUUUAUACUGAUUUGAGAAAUUAUCAAUUAAAUUCUAAAGAACAAAAUGACUUAAAUUAUGUUAAAUCAGCGUUUUCGAGUAUGGAUGAAGAAUUGAAAAACGAAUUUUUAAAGAAUUCCAAACUUUUGGGGAUAAUGACUAAAGAACAACCACAAAGUCCUGAUGACAUGAUGUGUUUGUUGGAUAUGUAUGUUGACCAUUUAUAUAAAGAAAUGAAACAAUUUUUCCCUUUAUCGAAGCACAAAUAA